UACUGCAGAAGAGUUUGCCCUAGAUCUGAGAUGGAGAUCUUCUUUCUGCUGCUACUUGGCCUGGGGGUGAUUUUUGCAGGAGUUUCAGAAAGUAUAAUGGAGAUAAUUAAAGAAGAAUUUUUAGAGAAAGAGAUGAAAUAUGACAUGGCAAAAAGUUACCAGGAAAAACAUACCAUUGAGGUAUUAAUAAAUUUGACUGUGUCAUAUAAAAAUACCAGCCUCAGCAUGUCCAAAGAUGUGUCUUCCUCAUUAUUGACCUUUAGAAGAUUACAUUAUAGCUUGCCCCCCAAAUGCAAUCCAGGUAAUAACAAACAUUACUGCAAUGACAUGACAGUCUGGAGAAAAGUUUCAGAAGCUAACGGGUCAUUCAAGUUGAGCAAUAACUUCAUCCAUGGCUCCGUGGAAGUGGUCGAUGGGGUCCCCAAAGCCCCCAGCUGCAAGUGUGGACAGACUUCAGGCAUAAGCUGCUCUGAGACUCCAGAACUGAGGACCACUACAUGCCAGUUCAGUGUGGGCAAACAAUCCCCCAGUUGCCAACACCAUGGUGUUACUUCAUUAAAGAAAAUUUUGGUGGUGCUGACAAGUCAUUCUCUGAUGAGUUGGUUAGUUAGUGUCUCUAACUUGUAAAUCCCACAGAACUUUUCAUUAUUGGUUAUUGCUUUCUAUUAUCCACAUCUAUCCUUUUAGCACUAUAGGAAACUCUU